ACAGCUUUCUGUCCCAACUGCCCGGCCGGCCGGCAGAGAGUGUGUCUGCAGCCCUGCCUGCUCCGUGGCUCUCACAUCCACACGCACGCACGCACACGCUCCCGCACAGCUGCGCACACACGCAGAGCCGAUCAGUGAAGGCUGCGCACAGUCUGGUAAUUGUAUUUCUCCCUCCAAGUGGAAAGAAGGACCGAGGAAGACCAGAGGAAGAAGAGAAGAAGAAAGAGGAACCAUAUACCAAACUUUGCUUUGUUUAUUUUUCUUUGUUUACUGUUUGUUUGUGUUUCUUCGGAGGAGGUUGACAUGACAAUGACCCGUCAUCGUCGAUGGACUCGGUAGGACGCCCGCUAUCCGAGUGUUUUUUUAUGCACUCUGAACAAGAGUAGAAUGAACUUAUCGAAGGGACCACUGGUGAACAGCAGCAGUGAAGAUAACUCCAAGUCAGCUUAUGGUAAAUGCGGCGCUGGCGCCUGGAGGAUGCACCAGAGCUACGAUCCAUUAGAGGCCAACCACAUGAGAGACGCACAUGCCCUCUACAAUCCCAGGCUUCUCUGCAGAAUGUCCAGUAAGGAGCGCCACCUUGAGUCUAAUUGUCCGUCCUCUUAUAUAAAGACAGAGCCGUCAAGUCCUGCCUCCCUGACUGACAGUCUAAACCAUCACUCCCCUGGUGGCUCCAGUGACGCCUCAGGCUCAUAUUCGUCCACUAUGAAUGGUCAUCCCAACGGCUUAGACUCCCCAAGCCUUUAUGGCUCUGGCGCAGGACCCCUGGGACCAGCCGGUGGGCCUGGAUCGAAACGUUACGAGGACUGUUCGUCAACGAUCGGAGAAGAUUCACAAAUUAAGUGCGAGUACAUGUUGAAUUCCAUGCCCAAAAGGUUGUGUCUGGUGUGUGGGGACAUUGCAUCAGGGUACCACUAUGGAGUGGCAUCGUGUGAGGCAUGCAAGGCCUUCUUCAAGCGCACUAUUCAAGGCAACAUUGAGUACAGCUGUCCAGCCACCAACGAGUGUGAGAUCACCAAGAGGAGACGCAAGUCGUGCCAGGCCUGCCGCUUCAUGAAGUGUCUGACCGUUGGCAUGCUGAGGGAGGGUAAGGGAAAAGGAGUUCGGCUGGACAGGGUUCGAGGUGGAAGACAAAAAUAUAAACGCCGGAUAGAUGCUGACAACAGCCCUUACCUGAACCCACAGCUGGCUUUACCUCCCAAGAAGCCAUUUGCCUUUGGCUGCCUUGCAGAUAACAAAAUCGUCUCUCACCUGCUGGUGGCUGAGCCAGAGAAGAUUUAUGCCAUGCCUGACCCAACAGUACCAGACAGCGACAUCAAGGCCCUGACUACGCUGUGUGACCUGGCGGACAGAGAGCUGGUGGUCAACAUCGGGUGGGCCAAGCACAUCCCAGGUUUCUCCACGCUGUCUUUGGCGGACCAGAUGAGUCUACUGCAGAGUGCAUGGAUGGAGAUCCUGAUCCUGCGUGUUGUGUAUCGCUCACUGUCAUUUGAGGACAAACUGGUGUAUGCUGAGGAUUACAUCAUGGACGAGGAUCAGUCUAAGCUGGCCGGACUGUUGGACCUAAACAACGCCAUCCUUCAGCUGGUCAAGAAAUACAAAUCUAUGAAGCUAGAGAAAGAGGAAUUUGUCACUUUAAAGGCCAUUGCUUUGGCUAAUUCAGACUCCAUGCAUAUUGAGGAUGUCGACGCAGUACAGAAACUCCAGGAUGUGCUCCACGAGGCCCUGCAGGACUAUGAAGCUUCCCAACAUCAGGAGGAUCCCCGCAGGGGGGGCAAGCUGCUCAUGACCCUCCCUCUGCUCCGCCAGACCUCCACCAAGGCUGUACAGCACUUUUACAGCAUCAAGCAGGAUGGCAAAGUCCCAAUGCACAAACUCUUCCUGGAGCUGCUGGAAGCCAAGGUCUGAGGGUGAAAACGAGACGGAAGGACAGCUAGGCAUCAGUCUGAACCACUGCAGCUUCAUCUCAGAUUUUGAUCCACACUUUUAAAUGACCUCUUGCCCUUUUAAACAGACACGUACACUAUAUACAGAUCCACAAACAUACACACAAAGGUAUAGAAAUGUGUUUCUGAGGUCUCCUUGCUGACACAUGCCCCCUUUGACUGGAAGAAAAACUACCUAGCUGUCUCACCCUGACCCAAAACCUCCAAGUCUUUGACCAAAAGACACUCAUUUCAAGAUGCGGACAGAUUCACGUACCUGCCCAAAGCCAUGGGGAAGACGAAAUGUCAGAACAAUAAAAACUCAACGACAGCAGUGACCUCAAAUCCCAAUAUUAUAAGAAACAAAAAAACUAUAUGCAUUGGAUAAGAAUUAAGAUGUUAUUGACAAUUCAACAUGGACGUGUUUGAGAAAAUCAAAAAUCUUCAAAUUAAUUUAUGUAAGAUUGUAAGACUGCACUUCUGUUCCCUCUUCCCUCCUAUAUCCACCGUUUUUUUAAAUGUGAGAAGAAAACGAGGGGAAAAAUGAACUCUUAGGAAGUAUUACUGACAUUUUGUUGUUAAUGUACAGUGAAAGAAUGGAAAGAUGGACAUAGGAAAGAAGGAAUGAAAAGAAUAAGAAGAGAUUUGCCCUGCCAAAGAAUGGAAUGAUCCAUUCAGAGGAUGCUAGUAAACCUAACCGUCUCACUCCGAACAGCUAAUGAUAUUUUCUCUGGUUUGAAGAAAAGCUAACUGGGCGUGUCGUUUCUUGGACCAGGAUGGGAAACAUCUGCCGUAAGCACUUUCUGGUUUGACUUAAAUUCAACACCUGGUUCCUGGUGACUCGCUCUACUUCAACUUCAGCUAAACCAUCUCUUGUAUUUGCCCAGAAUCCCAGCCACAAAACAUGCCAGUAUUAUCACAAAAACAGUGUUUGCAACCUGAUGAAACUAGGAAUGGUUUCAAAAAAAGGACGGCCUCGCAGCAGUUUGACGUUUGCUCAAGAGUGAGAGUGAAUCGUGUCUGUUCACAGCAAACGUAACAGAAAGACCAGUUUGUUCGUGAAAAUGUUACUCUCUUUAUCUAUCUAGCGAAGUAAACAUCAUCUAGAGUCUGUGGCUUAUGGUCAGGCUUUGUCCAACACUUUGCAUUCUUUGUGAAAUUAAAUAAUCUGUCAGAAACCCUCGGAAGCCUGUUUGAAACAUCUUCUGCUGCUUAGUCGCUUGGGUUUGCAGCUUUCCACACAACCAGUUUUAGUCUACGUGCCAUUUAUAAUAGUCCAUGCUCAUUAAGGCGCUCCAAAACCUACAAGGUCUCAACUCAGUUCUACCCUCCCAGCUCUGUGGUGUCACCAACUUCAAGUUCCACUUCAGUCUUCCUAAAGCAAGGAAGUAGGAGCUUCAGGCACAAAAUGCAAUAGAAACUAGGAGAAUAUGUCUGAAGAGAAAACCGACUGGAAAAAGCAGUUACUGUUGCUUUAAAACUCUUCUUUUGUUUCUUUAUGUCUACUUUAAAAAAUAACCUUAGCAAUGAUACCAGUAUUAGAGUUGUAAAUAUUUGUCAUCCUGUAUAAGACACGUAACGCCACUUUGUUUUUGUCUCCUUCUAAAACUGAAAUCAUCCAAACAUCUUCCCUUUUUUCCAUCAGCCUGACCAGUUUCAGCCAUAAUCAUUCAAGUAUUACAAGUAAUGAUAUAUUAGUGAAACCUUUUAUCUUAUAAACGCUGACCAAUUGUGGUUUUUGAAGGGAUAGUUUGUGCAUAUCACUUAAGUUUAUGAUAAUAACAUUAUGUGCCACUCUUACAUGUUGCAGAAACAGGAUGGAGGUUUGGGGAAGGACUUGUUGCUUCUCUUUCUCUCUGUGUCAGUUGCCAUAAGUUACUAGUUCCUCCAUUAUUAGAGCAAAACAUGAACCAGAAAUGAAGCUAUUUCUGGUUUAUUGUUCUCUCAAUGGUUUUCCUUGUAACUAAACCAUAAACAAGUUGAUUUGUCCAUUUGCACAAUAAGGCUUUAGUCUUUUAUUUCAAAGUAAAUGUUAAAUUUUAGAUGGAUGACCAGGGAAAUAAUUGUAGAAAACUAUUAAAAUCAGGUAGCGUGGAACCUCACUGUUCACAGCAGAUUUUAAAGUUUUAAUUUUUGCCAUUCCCCAUAGUCUUCAAAAAAGAAAGACACUAAAACUGCUUCUUUCAAUGCAUCCUUCAGAUAUAUCAUCAGAUUAUAAUAAUCAAAGUGAGUCUGAGACAAUGCUUUAACCUAAUUUGAAUAUAUUUUUAAAGUGGGGUUUAAACACACUUUUUUCAUAAAUGUGCUUCCUGUUUGACCUAUUUGACUAUAUUUUGAACCAGCUGCAUUAGCCUCCAUAUAAACUCAUCCUAUGAGGUCUUGCAGAAUAGAACUAUAAGAGAUGACUUUAACUAAUGUAGCUUAACAGUAGCUUUAACCUACUAAAAACCAUUCUAUGACUGAUCUUCAAUUCCCAGUUUAGAAACUAAAGCAGCUGAGCCGACAGGAAGGGGUCUUACCAGAUUUCAUUUACAUAAAAGAUGCAUUUAAUCUAUAGAACAUGAUGCAAACUGUGUUGCUAACUGAUCCCAGCUUUAAAAAGUAGAUUGUUGAAGGUUUGUGGAGUUGAAAAUGAAAGCCAAAACAUGUACUUCAGUGUAAUCUAAUGUAAAAUGGCAACUUGUCACAGCUGAGGAGGGCGGCGUUUGGUUGGAUCAAACCAUUCAUUUCAUUAGUAAGGGGUAUUUUCUCAGUAUUCUUAAAAGCUGUAUAUUGUAAAUUUAAAAAAAGAUUUAAUUCUAACAUAAGAAUUUUAUUCAAAACAAAGAAAAACUGAAAAAAAAAAGUAGUGCAGCCCGUGUGUUUCAUGUUUGCUGAUUUGUCGAUCGCAGAAAAAACCUCUUUUGUUUUGUUCGGUACAGUUUUCUUCUCUCUGAGUAUCUCCUCCUCUGAUGAGUCCCUUUCUCUCGUGGUGACUCCUGUUUCUGUGCUGUGUGCUUCUUUAAGUACAGUUGAGUAGAGGCCAUGCUGUCCGUCCGUCCAUCAGAUCGGUCUGCAGGAUGUCUGGGCACAACAAUCCAAACACGACUAAAGCACUUCCUCUAUAAUAAAUAAACCAACAAGAUCAAACUACUGUAUUCAUCUCAUACCAAACUACGCAUUUGCUAAAUAUUUAAGUAUUUAAAUAAAAAACACCUUAAUGAGUAUUUCAAAAAAGGAAUUAUUAACUUUUCCUGUAGAUUAAAGCGUAUACUACAUAUUUUAAGGUUAAUUGAAUCUGAAAUUGGAAUAAUUCAGAACUGUAGGUGACACUUUUUGUAAACUUGCUGUAUAUAAUAACUGCCUUCCAUACAUCUGGGCUCAAUCAUUACCUUAACUGUUAUAAAAACAAAAUAAGACUUUAUUUAAUCUUUCUGUGUAUUUCUUGGAGAGAAUACCUUUCUUUUACAAACACUGUGGGGUAGAUGGGGAUACAGGUCACUAUAUUCAUUUUUAAAGACAAGGUUGUUUGGAAGUAAACACUGAAAUUAAUAUUUAGCUUCCAGGAAUAAAACAGACAUGUUAUUUUAAAGGGAAAUCCCCAAACGACAUGUGUUUGAAGGUCAAACUUUCUGUGGAAGAGUUAUAGUUGGAUCAGUGUAUCCAGGUUAAAUGAAAAGGAGGGCAUUUGUUUGUUUAUAUCACCACUGUACAUUGCUGUUCUGCAUAAAAUGUAUUGAAGAAAGGUGCUCUUUUCUUACUGUUUCCUGCUCUCUGUUACUGUAUUAUUUAUUGGGUCAAACCAGCACCUUUUACUCCAAGUGUGUAUCUUCAGUCUGGUCGUAGAAUUCUAAUGUUUGAAACUGGAAACGACGGUCAGAGUUGACACUUUGACUUAGUUCUUCUGGCUGCUUUAGACGGAAAAUUUGACCUGCUGAAACUAACGAGUUUUUAAUGCUGCUCCGCCACACCUUUACUUAGACGUAAUACUACAGUACAGAACAUGCGUCCACUUCUCUUUCCUUUGUUUCAAAUGAAUAUCAUGGAUUGGUGACCUGUGUGGUGUACGCCGUCUCUUCCCUACUUCCAUCUGAAUGCAUAGAACCCUGAACGAGAUAAAAAAGGUUGUACAAAAAUGGAUGGAAUGUUUAUGGAAAAAAACAAUCACUCCAACAGUUUUGAUUCCAAAAUUUUCUACAGUAAAUGUUGAAUACCACCAUUUAUUUUCAGCACGGAAGACUGACGAUCUGGUGUCAAAUUUUCGCCAGUAGUUAACUAGUUUGCACUUUCAUGUUCUAGCUCUCAUUUGGAGCUUUGAUCCAUUUAAAGGAAAAACCUUAAAGCAGGAUCUUUUAAAGCUAAAGCUAAGGAAUUUAAUCCAUCUAUUUACUGCUUUACAGUGUUUACUCAUUUAGUUGUAUUUAAUCCCCAAAUGUAACUGGCACCUACCUGUGCUGCACCCAACUCUGCAGUUUGAAUUUGAAGUUCUGAACAGUAUUUAGUGUGUUGGGGGGAGAAAAGAUGGAUCAAGGAUUUAAAGACCACCGAGUGACGGAGAAGAGCUUUUACUGAGAGAAGACUCUGUAGUGUUAUUGAAAAUGUCUGUAGAUUUUAGUUGUGCUUCACUUCAGUAAAUAGAAAAAAAAGUAAAAAAAAAAAACCUAAAAAAGAAAAACAACUACCUGUAUAUUUUUGUGAUGUGUAUCAUACAAGUGUGCUCCAACAAUAAUGUCCAUUUGUGUAAAUGUAUUUAUUUCACAUUGUAUAUAUUGUUCAAUGCAAAAAGAGAGACCUAUGAUUCUGUAACUUAAACUACUAUGGGUUGAAACAUUACACACGUGUUACUCCAGACUAUGCCUUUCAGGAUUAUUACAGUAGAGCAAUAUCAAUUAAAACCAGGCUUCCAGUUUUGAAA